AGCCGCAGACACGCUGGUGCGACACGGCGUGGAGGCAGACGGACUCACAGCAGCAGCAGCAGUAUCAGCGUCGGGUGGAUCCUGCAGAGGUUUGCUGCAUCCUGACGGUGAUCAUGAGACACAAAACAUCUGUCACGAUGUGAACGUUAAAUUCUUAAAUGGAGCUUCGUCUCCCGCUGCGCGUUCCCGCGCUCAUUCCCGCAAUCGGUGGUGAGACGGAGCUGCUGCGGGCGGAGGGUGUGAGUCCGGACCGGAGAAGAGCCUCCCGCUGCGGAUGAUGUGUUUUUCCUGCCCGCCGUCUUCCCUCCUCUCCCGGUGAACGUCGUGCUGAAGGGUUCCGUCAAACCGUUUUCUCUCAAACAGAACCACAACCAGAACUAGGACUAGAACCGAGGCCGAGCCAAGAUGAAGUUUCCCACCGAAAAUCCGAGAAAACCAGGGACCGUGAACCCCCCACCAGUGGCGGUCCAGACCAACAUGGUCCUCCCUAAGAAGGUCCAGCCAGGCAUGCUUCAGUCCAGUCUGGUCCAGGCCAGUGUGGCCACCAUGCAGAACCCGAUGGGCUGUGCCGUGCCGCGGCUCUCUGUCUCCACGCGCCCCGCCAGCGUGGUGGCCAGCAUGGAGGCGGUGGUGGAUGGCUCAGUGCCCUUCGCCAUGAUGAAGUUGAAGACGGUGCUUGCAGUAUUUGUGGUGGUAGUGCUCUACCUGAUGGGAGGGGGGCUGGUGUUCCGGGCGCUGGAGCAGCCAUUUGAAAACAACCAGAAGAUCACCAUCACAGCAGAGAAGGCCGCCUUCCUCAACAAACACCCGUGUGUGUCCCGCGACGAGCUGGAAGCUCUCAUCAAGCACUCUGUGGACGCUGUGAACGCCGGCGUGAGUCCUAUCAGUGACACGUCGUAUAACUCGAGUCACUGGGACCUGGGCAGCUCCUUCUUCUUCGCUGGGACGGUCAUCACAACUAUAGGUUAUGGAAACAUUGCUCCAAGCACUGAGGGGGGGAAGAUCUUCUGCAUCCUGUAUGCCAUAUUUGGUAUUCCUCUGUUUGGCUUCCUGCUGGCGGGCGUUGGCGAUCAGCUAGGAACCAUUUUUGUGAAAAGCAUUGCAAAGGUGGAGAAAAUGUUCAGAAACAAACACAACCAGAUCAGUCAGACUAAGAUCCGUGUGGCCUCCACCCUGCUCUUCAUCCUGGCGGGCUGCAUCCUCUUCGUCACCAUCCCCGCGGUGAUCUUCCAGCACAUUGAGGGCUGGUCAGCGCUUGACUCCACGUACUUCGUGGUCAUCACGCUGACCACGGUCGGGAUCGGAGAUUAUGUGGCAGGAGGGGACCGUCGUACUGAGUACAGUCAGUGGUACCGUCCUCUGGUCUGGUUCUGGAUCCUGGGGGGUCUGGCGUACUUUGCCGCGGUGCUGAACAUGAUUGGAGACUGGCUGAGGGUUUUGUCCAAGAAGACGAAGGAGGAGGUUGGAGAGAUUAAAGCUCACGCUGCAGAGUGGAAAGCUAAUGUGCGAGCAGAGUUCAGGGAGACGCGUCGGCGGAUGAGCGUGGAGGUCCAUGACAAGCUUCAGCGUGCCGCCACCAUCCGUAGCAUGGAGCGGCGACAGCUGGGAUUGGACCAGCGCGCUGUGUCGCUGGACAUGUUGUCCCCAGAGCGCCGCGCCAUCUUCAACAGCUUGGACACCAACAACUGCAAGACCUCCUCCCAGGAGAGCAUCGACAUCAAGCUCAACAACCUCCGCCUGCGAGGGGCGGAGCACUGCGAUCGCCACUCUGACCACAAGACCACAUCCGAGGACAACAUCUUCAACCGGCUAGGCUCCGUCACCAAACUCACUAAACGCAGUCGGAACCGAGAGCUGAAGAAGAACAUCCCAGAUGAGACCCGCCGGCCGCACAGUGAGAUCUACAGCUGUGGCACGCCUAUCUUCGACUGCAGCACGCAAUCCGCUGACGAAGGAAAGAGGAAGGAUGAGGGAGACGACGACAGAGAAGACAAGGAGUGCAACACAAGCUUGUCUGAUUUCCCGCUGUUCGUAGAAGCGUGUAAAGCUCAGAACGGGUUUAACAUCGAGACCAAAGAGUCUGAGAGCGAGAAAAAGCCUCAAACCUCGGAGCUGCAGAUUGAGAUAGACCCAUAGACAGAGAGAGGUUUGAAACUCACCCAUCAGUGCCUUAUGUCUCUUAUUCAUGAUAAAGGAGGUCAACAGCUGCCCUUGUGUGCUGUAAACUGUGACUUCACACUUUCACUGUGCUUUAUUCACAUGCAAUGUUUGUGCCGAGAAACAGGUGAAAAUGAAAACAGCUCAGGUCUCAGUGUUUCUGCACGGUCAUCACAGCAUACAUCUGUUUUCCCUGUAUGAAUAAUUUCAUUCAUGACUUGACUCAUGAUUCCAGAUGGGGUUAGGGGUUAUGUCGUUUUUGACCCUAACCCUAACCCUGUUUGACCGGGACUCUGACGAGUUGUUUCAUGACCACACCAUCACUUACUCACGUAUCACAGGAUGAACCAAUCAGUGACCUAGCUGCUGAACUUUAACAAAUACAUAAUUUUUACUCUUUAGUUUACCAAGAGGCUAGAUUAUAGCUUCAUGUUUAUCUAAUGAACCCUGGGCAUCAGGUAUCAGUCUUUGGACUGGACACACAGUGUGAUGGACAGAAUUCUCUGUCAGUUUAUGGAUCAAACUUCUGAAUCAUUUAUUUUUCACAUUUCUUACAUUGAACAUGAAGCUGCUGCAUUGUCUCUCUCAACACUUACAGAGAUUAAAAAAAAGAAGUGAAACUUACUGAUAACUUGAUUCUUUUCUCACCGAUUAAGUCAGAGCUGAGUCACGUCACGCUUAGAUAUAAGGUGCAACUGCUGCCUCUGUUGGAACUACCUCAGCUGCUGACACACAAACAGAGCUGGACUGUUUUAUUCUUUGUCUGUGAUGGGUUUGUUUUUCUCUUAAGAUGUGAGGGGUAGGGUGGAUCAGUGAGGACCAGGGUUAGGGGAUUGGGUCAGGUGGGUAAGGAUGGAUCAGUGAGGACCAGGGUUAGGGGUUUGGGUCAGGGGGGUAAAGAUGGAUCAGUGAGGACCAGGGUUAGGGGUUUGGGUCAGGGGGGUAAAGAUGGAUCAGUGAGGACCAGGGUUUGGGGUUUGGGUCAGGGGGGUAAGGAUGAAUCAGUGAGGACCAGGGUUUGGGUCAGGGGGGUAAGGAUGGAUCAGUGAGGACCAGGGUUAGGGGUUUGGGUCAGGGGGGUAAGGAUGAAUCAGUGAGGACCAGGGUUUGGGUCAGGGGGGUAAGGAUGAAUCAGUGAGGACCAGGGUUUGGGUCAGGGGGGUAAGGAUGGAUCAGUGAGGACCAGGGUUAGGGGUUUGGGUCAGGGGGGUAAGGAUGAAUCAGUAAGGACCAGGGUUUGGGUCAGGGGGGUAAGGAUGGAUCAGUGAGGACCAGGGUUAGGGGUUUGCGUCAGGGGGGUAAGGAUGGAUCAGUGAUGGAAAUAGAUGACCGUGUUUCAUUCAACUGGACCUGAGUUGUAUUAAAUCUAAAACAGAAAUGUGUUCGCUGUCAGUCAGGAAAGUUCAGACUCACACUGUUGGAGGAUGAAUGAAGGCCAAUGAUGCAGAAAAAAAGAAAAGGUUAUUAAAAUACAAUGUGUAACAUUUAAUGUACGCCAAAGAGACGAGUGAAAAGGUCAGAUGUCGAGAUCUAUGACACUCUGAAAAAACUCUUGGAGGAGUAGCUGAAAAGAAGCGUGACGUUGAUCCUUCAUGCCUGUGUCCGUUUAUGCUUCAUAAUGAAACUUUUAAUGUCGAUGUUGUAAAACACGCCUCAUGUUGUCUGUGCAUGGCGAUACCUGUGUCAUAUGACCACAUGUGACAUCAUGUGACCUCAUCAAACUGAUGUCUCAGGGCUCGUUGUCCUCGUGUGUCGUCCGUCAUUGAGAGAGGAUGAUGAUGCUCGUGUUGUUUAGAAAAGAAAGAAAAGCCAUAAAGGAGGAACGAAUCACUCUGAACAGAGUGAGGGACGAGGAGGUGAUGUCACUGUGAGGUCAUCAGAUGUCACUGAACAUAUAUUGUCCACCUCUGAUCACACUUCACCAUCUCCACUGACUCAACAAACAUCACAUGGAAGGUUCUGGAGAAAAAACCUGGAAAAUGCACGUCAACAAACUUUAGGGAGACUGGAUGGACGCCUGAUUGGCUGAGACACCUGUCAAUCAAAUGUACUUCCUCUGGUGACUGUGUCUCCUCCAUCAUGAGGCAAAAUAGACAAGAAAAAAAACGUCCUGUUAAAAGCUUAAAGGUCAUCACAGGAAUGUUUUAAGCUGGAGUUUUAACCUGGUGGCCAUCCGUGGAAGUACACGUUAAAGACUUUCAGCCAUGUUGGCUGACUGAGUGACGGACACAAAUAUGACUUCAUGAAGAAAGUGACAUUACAUAACUAUAAAUGUAAACUGAUUGUACUGAGAGAUAAUACUCUGUUUCUCACACACCUGAAUGUUACACUGUCAGUGUAUUUGAACACACAUGCCACUCAUUGAACACACACACACACACACACACACACACACACACACACACACACACACACACACACUUUGUGUGAACACACACUCUUUGUAUACACAGUCACAGACACACACAUACACACACUAACGCUCUGAUCACAAAGUGAAGCUUCAUCAGGACUACAUUUUUUAAAGCUCGUAAAAACUACAAAUAUGUCAACACUUAAAAAACAGACGUGUAAUAAAAAGGCAUGCUCGACUGCAACACUAAAAACAUGUUUAAAAUGUUGAAUGUAAACAAAUACUGGGGGAGGAGGAGGGAGGGAGGAGGAGGAAGAGGAUCGAAAUGACGAUGAAGACACUCUCCAUGUUCUCCUGCCUGCCCGUGUCAUGCACACUCUGCACAUGCUCAGUACGCUGCUCACAGUGUCUUUACAUCAGAUGUAGUGAUCAUCUUUUAAAAUAAAGAUCACUGAAUACAGA